ACUCCACAACGAAUAUCUCUGAGUGCGUUUUGUGUUUAUGGUAGCCAAGAGUUGAGUGUGCGUUGGAAGAGUGGAGUAGUGUUUGGUGUGCCCACAUGACAUAAAAAAAUGGAUGCUGGUGCCGGGGCUGGGAGUCGAACAACAAGGUUUAUGAUGGAAGGCGUGGGUGCUAGAGUUAUCAGAGGACCAGACUGGAAAUGGGGAAAACAGGACGGUGGGGAAGGACACGUAGGGACUGUUCGAAACUUUGAAUCACCAGAAGAAGUAGUUGUCGUGUGGGACAAUGGAACAGCAGCGAAUUACCGAUGUUCAGGAGCGUAUGAUUUACGGAUUCUGGAUAGUGCCCCUACAGGUGUAAAACAUGACGGUACCAUGUGUGAUACUUGCCGCCAACAACCAAUUUUUGGAAUUCGUUGGAAAUGUGCGGAGUGUGGUAACUAUGAUUUGUGCUCGAUAUGUUAUCAUGGGGAUAAACACCAUCUACGCCAUCGCUUUAAUCGGAUCACAACUCCAGGAAGUGAGAGGGUUUUGCUGGAACCAAGACGUAAAAGCAAGAAGGUUGGAAUACGUGGAAUAUUUCCAGGAGCACGAGUUGUACGUGGCGUAGACUGGCAAUGGGAAGAUCAGGAUGGAGGCAAUGGCAGACGAGGAAAAGUAAAUGAAAUACAAGAUUGGUCAGCAGCCAGUCCUCGCUCUGCAGCCUAUGUUAUUUGGGACAAUGGUGCAAAAAAUUUGUACCGUGUCGGAUUUGAGGGAAUGGCUGACCUUAAAGUUGUAAAUGAUGCAAAAGGGCAAACAGUGUACAGAGACCAUUUGCCACUGCUGGGAGAACAAGGUCCAGGACGUACUGGACCACAUGGUCUGCAAAUUGGUGAUCAGGUAAAUGUUGACUUGGAGUUGGAAAUUGUCCAGUCAUUGCAGCAUGGGCAUGGAGGCUGGACGGAUGGAAUGUUUGAGUGUCUCGGCACAACUGGAACAGUUGUUGGUAUAGAUGAAGAUCAUGAUAUUGUAGUAUCCUAUCCAAGUGGCAACAGAUGGACAUUUAAUCCAGCAGUUCUCACUAAAGUGUCUACAUCAGUUCCAAGUUUAGGAACAAAUGAAACCCAUCAACAGUUCACUGUAGGUGAUCUUGUUCAGAUUUGUAGUGACCUUGAAAGAAUCAAGAUUUUGCAACGUGGCCAUGGAGAAUGGGCAGAGGCAAUGGCUCCAACUCUGGGAAAAAUUGGUAGAGUGCAGCAGAUAUAUCAUGACAAUGAUCUGAAAGUUGAAGUUUGUGGCACCUCAUGGACAUAUAAUCCAGUUGCUGUCACAAAAGUGGCAUCUUCAGAUGGCAGUAUUCCAGGAACAUCUAGUGGAGAGAGGCUGAGUGCACUGCUUAAAAAGUUAUUUGAAACACAUGUUUCUGGAGAUGUGACAGAAGAGCUUGUCAAAACAGCAGCAAAUGGAGAUGCACAGAAGUGUGAAGAUUCCCUUAAGAGACCUGACGCAGAUGUAAAUGGUGUAUUUGGAGGUCAUACAGCUCUGCAGGCUGCAAGCCAGAAUGGCCAUUUAGAAGUAAUCAAAAUCUUGCUACGACAUAAGGCUGAUGUGGAAAUAGAGGAUAAAGAUGGUGACAGAGCAGUACAUCAUGCAGCUUUUGGCGAUGAACCAGGUGUAAUGGAACUCCUUGCUCAUGCUGGUGCAGAUUUGAAUGCUCGAAAUAAGAGACGCCAGACUGCUCUACAUAUUGCUGUGAACAAAGGUCAUGUUGGAGUAGUAAAAACACUUCUGGAGCUCGGAUGUCAUCCCAGCUUACAGGACUCGGAAGGCGAUACGCCCCUACACGACGCUAUAUCGAAGAAGCGCGACGACAUGCUGACACUGCUGCUGGACCACAACGCCGACAUCAUGCUCACCAACAACAACGGCUUCAACGCCCUGCACCACGCUGCUCUCCGCGGGAAUCCAAGUGCAAUGCGCAUCUUGUUAAUGAAACUUCCGAGACCGUGGAUAGUGGAUGAAAAGAAAGAUGAUGGAUACACAGCACUACAUCUCGCAGCUCUCAACAACCAUGUGGAGGUUGCAGAACUGUUGGUCCACCAAGGGCGUGCUAAUAUGGACUUACAAAAUGUAAAUCUUCAGACAGCACUGCAUCUUGCUGUCGAACGUCAACAUACCCAAAUAGUCCGGCUGUUGGUGCGUGAAGGCUCAAACCUAAAUAUACCAGAUAAAGAUGGGGACACACCUUUACAUGAAGCUCUGCGACACCACACACUGUCACAACUGCGACAGUUGCAGGAUGUUCAAGAUGUUGGAAAAUUGUUGAUGGGGCUUGGCAGUCAAGGAGCUGACAAAAAAUCAUCUGCGUCAAUAGCAUGCUUCCUUGCUGGCAAUGGAGCUGAUUUGACAAUCAAGAAUAAGAAAGGACAGACCCCACUGGAUCUCUGUCCAGACCCAAAUCUUUGUAAAGCUCUUGCCAAGUGUCAUAAGGAUAAGGAUACGGACCAGAUUGAACCACGCCCUUCUGAUGGAAGCAACGGUGAUGACUGCGUAACACUAGAUGAAUGCUUGGUCUGUUCUGAUCUGAAGAGAGAUACACUCUUUAAGCCAUGUGGUCAUGUUGCAUGUUGCUCAGUUUGCUCCCCAAGAGUCAAAAAAUGCCUCGUGUGUCGGGAACCUGUCAUUGCCCGCAUUAAGAUUGAAGAGUGUGUAGUUUGUUCAGACAAGAAGGCAUCCGUGCUCUUCAAACCUUGUUGCCACAUGUGUGCUUGUGAAGGUUGUGCAGCACUUAUGAAGAAAUGUGUUCAAUGUCGAGCACAGAUAGAUCACAUUGUGCCUUUUGUCAUAUGCUGUGGAGGUAUUGGAACCAUAUCUGAUGUGCAACCUGAAUGUGAGGAGACUCAAAAUGCCACUUUAGCUACAGUUAUAGAACCAGUUUCGCUGACAGGAGCACUCAUGAACAAUGGUAUCCGUGAUACGUCCAACUCAGACAUACAGAAACUUCAACAGCAGCUUCAGGACAUCAAGGAACAGACCAUGUGCCCGGUAUGCUUGGAUCGUUUAAAAAACAUGAUAUUCCUCUGUGGUCAUGGUACAUGUCAAAUGUGCGGUGACCGCAUGUCAGAAUGUCCAAUUUGCCGUAAACAGGUUGAGAAAAGGAUUCUGCUGUAUUGAAAAUCACUUCACAAUUCAAGCCAGUAACUGCAGUAUAUGGUAAUUUAGUUAUUAAACUACAUCUAACAGGAAAGAGAAGACCAUCACUUGCAUAGUAUGUAGAUCCUUGCAUUUAUUUACUUCUCGGCAUGCAGCAAGAUAUGUUUGUGGUGUAUGUUCCAACCAACAUAUGAGUCUCAACUUAGGAAAAAGAAAAGAAAAGAUAAGAUAAAAAAAAGUGAAUCUGUUGAAGGGUCCCCAGACAAUAACAGCUAAAUGCUUAAUGUAGGUUGAUUUUAAAAAGAAUCAACCUACAUUAAUUCUACACAGCCACAGCCUCACCAUGUUAGUUUUAGACAAAAUAGCAUAGAGCUAAAUGCUUGCUCACAUACAUACAGUUAAUUAGUGUGUCUUGUCUCUCCUGUUACGUAAUAUUUAAAAAGUGUGAUGUGAUAAUUGAUUUCAAUUUUAGUAUGCAAAAUGAUCUAAUUAUGAAGCAUGUAAUUUGUCCCAACACUUGGACUUUUAGUAAAAUGAUGCCAUUAAUAUGAAGGAUUUUCUGGCCUUCAGGCAGUAUUCUUCUUCAACAGUGACAUUUGUUAUGUGUCCAGUUAAAUUAAGGUCUUUCAAAAGAUGUUUGUUGUUACAAGAAACCCAGCUUAAUUAUUCACUUUUCACUUAAAGGUCAAAAAGGUUUCCAGUAGAGAGAAAUAGCUGUUCACAUUUGUUUCCAGUUAUGGGUGCUGUCUAUUCAGGAUAAACUAAAAUGAUUAUUCUUGCAGCUAAGUGAUAUUUAUGGUUUACCAUGGGCAUAAAUAUAGCAAUAACAACAAUAGGAUGUGUAAUUCAAUCAAACAAAAUGUGAUUAUCUACAGAAUUUUGCAAUAAUGUACUAAAUUUUGCAAUAAUGUACUGUUUAUAUAUAUAUAUAUAUAUAUAUAUAUAUAUAUAUAUAUAUAUAUAUAUAUAUAUAUAUUCUUCAUGGUGGUAACUCGUACCUCAUUGUUGUACUGAAGUGAUUAUUCCAUUACUUUGUUCUAAAAAAUAUCCAAUUUUUCUGUGGAAUGUAUUAUUCCAGUUAGAAAGAGAUGCUUUUGCAUUUCAGGCAAUGCGAAAAAAUUUGCUACUUCCAACAGGCACUUUAAAAGUUUAUGGCCGUAAAAUUACUUAUUUUAAUUCUGUGACAGCUGAAUCUUGUUUCACUUAAGUUAGCAGUGAUAUGUCACAAUCUUUCAAAUGAUGUUUUCCAUAGUCAAGAAACUAAGAAUUACAGAAUGAUUGAUAAAAAUAAUCAUCAGAGUUGAUUAUUAUUGCAAUGUCUAAAGUUGUGUGAAUGAAUUCUGUAAUUUAUAUUGUUCAUUUGCUGCAAACAGUCCAGACAGAAGUUCUUCUGUCACUUAAUAGGCUCUUAAUAAUAAAAUUUUUCUUUAUAAGAGUUAAGUAGCAAAAUUAAAACAAAAAAAAAAAAAUCAUCACUCUAAUUUGUCAUGUAUGACUAUCAGAUCUGAAGACUAACUUUUUUUAACUCACUGUAAGCAUUUUGUGUUAAUUUAACAAAUAUAUUUGAAUUUCAUCUGGUAA